AUUUAACUGUAAACAAAGUUUCGCUCCCUGAUCAGCGAAGCAAUCGAUCUUUCUUUUGCCGUAAACUUCGAUCCGAAGGUCAUAGCCAGAAUGUCAGCUCCCACACAAGAAAAGCCCGACAUCUCUUACACGGAGGAAUCAACCACCGGAAAAUUCGCUCGAAAAUGGAAAGAUAACCCCCUCAUGGUGGUUGGUCUGGGAGGCUGCCUCCUGGUGGCCAUCGUGGGCGCGUACCGGUACAAGCACCGCGGCAAGCUGUCCACCUCCAACUACCUGAUGCAGCUGAGGGUCACCGCCCAGGGCACGGCCAUAGGCUGCCUCACGAUAGGGGUCCUCAAGUCCAUCUACGACCAGCUGCAGAAGAAGAAGAAGGCGCCGGCAGAGUGAACGUCGGGACCUCUCUCCCCGUUUGACUUUAGUACAUUACAAAAAUAUUUUAAUUCUCACAUAAUCGAAACUGUAUACGUUUGUAGGGACACUAUGGUCCGAUCGAUCUGUGGGGUUGAUCGCCGAAGAAUGGAUCCGAUCAGGAGUAAGGGAGUUCACAAUCUGCAAAAAGCAGUAGUAGUAUAAAUUUUUAGGCAGGGGUUAAAGGUUUUUUUUUUCUCCUUGUUUCGGAAGCACUCCAUUCUUCUGUGA